CUGCACGUCAGCCGCCUCUCAUUCUUCUUUUUACUCCCAAAAAAAUAAAAUAAAAAUUACUCCUCAUUUUCCCACCAUUUUCCCUGCACAUUUUCUCGCAAUCCAAACGCUAAAAGCAUUCCCUUCGAUUCCUUCAUAAUUGUUCAUGUCGAUUAAAUUCCAUCAUCACAGCUUUGUAUCUUCGAGCAGGCCUUCAAAUCCAUGUCUUUCGCGGAGUUCAUUUGGAACCCAUGCUUCUUGCAAAAGAAUGGCUAGAUCCAGUUAUAGGUUGACAAAUUGUGGUAAUCUGAGGAAGAAAUGUCUAAUAAGGAAGACUUCAUUAGAUAAUCACAGGCUAGUGGGGUUGUAGGAAAUAUUUUUCAGCCUUUGGUAAAUCAAGAAGGAUGGGACUCCGUUUUCCUCUUGCAUCAGCUGAAGAUGGUGUAACUUUCAAUGGGACUUCACAAACCAGUACUAGUACAGACAUAGAUGGCAUAAGGACCAAGCUUAACCAAUCACUGGAGGGUGAAGAUUAUAGUAAUGGUCUUGUUCAAUCUUUACAUGAUGCAGCCAGGGUUUUUGAGCUAUCAAUCAAAGAACAAGGCUCGUUAUCAAAAUUGUCUUGGUUUUCAACGGCCUGGAUUGGUGUAGAUAGGAAUGCAUGGGUGAAAACACUCUCUUAUCAGGCUGCUGUGUAUUCCCUACUCCAAGCUGCUAUCGAGAUUGCAUCUCGAGGUGAUAGUAGAGACAGGGAUACAAAUGUUUUUGCCCAAAGAAGUUUAUUGAGUCAAUCUGCCCCCUUAGAGGGCUUAAUCAGGGAGAAACUAUCAGCCAAGCAACCUGAAGCAUAUGACUGGUUCCGGAAUGAGCAAGUUCCAGCUGUGGUGACCUCUUUUGUAAAUUAUUUUGAAGGAGACCUUCAAUUCACUGCUGCCACAGAUUUGUGCUGGAAAGGCAAGUUGUCAUCUGCAGGAACUGCAAGUGACAGAGCUCUUCUCAUGCUUUCCCUGACUUGUGUUGCUGCAAUCACAAAACUUGGUUCUGCUAAAAUUUCCUGUUCCCAGUUCUUUUCCACAAUUCCGGACUUAACUGGUAGACUUAUGGAUAUGCUGGUUGAUUUUGUUCCAAUUCACCAAGUUUAUCAAUCUAUAAAGGACAGUGGGCUACACAGAGAAUUUCUUGUCCAUUUUGGUCCCCGAGCUGCAGCAUGCAGAGUGGAAAAUGAUCAAGAUUCAGAGGAGGUUAUUUUCUGGGUUGAUCUUGUACAGAAGCAGCUGCUGAGAGCUAUAGAUAGAGAGAAAAUAUGGUCGAGGCUAACAACAUCUGAAAGCAUUGAGGUAUUGGAAAGGGAUUUGACCAUUUUUGGAUUCUUUAUUGCCUUAGGCAGAAAUACACAGGGUUUUUUAUAUGCAAAUGGAUAUGAUGUUAUAGAUGAUCCCAUUGAAAGCUUCAUUAGGUAUCUUAUAGGUGGCAGCGUAUUGUACUACCCCCAACUAUCAUCAAUAAGUUCUUAUCAGCUCUAUGUUGAGGUCGUAUGCGAGGAGCUAGACUGGCUUCCUUUUUAUCCUGGCACUGUCAGCACAUCAAAACAGUCUCAUGGACAUAAAAGUAGACGAGAAGGUCCACCUAAUACUAAAGCUAUUCCUGAAGUGUUGGAUGUUUGUUCUCAUUGGAUGCAGAGCUUUAUUAAAUAUAGUAGAUGGCUGGAAAAUCCUUCUAGUGUUAAGGCUGCAAGAUUCCUGUCUAGAGGGCACAACAAUUUGAUGAUGUGCAUGAAAGAAUUCAGGAUGCCAUCAAGGAAAAUGGUUGAGACUAGACCUGUUAGUGGGGCUGGAUUAGUCAAUGAGAAAGAGUCAGAUUCAUUUGAUAAGGCAUUAGAGAGUAUUGAAGAAGCUCUGAAAAGAUUGGAAAACUUGCUUCAAGAGUUGCAUUGUUCAAGUUCUUACUCUGGGAAAGAACAAUUACAGGCAGCUUGUUCCGACCUUGAGAAAAUAAGGAAACUAAAGAAAGAGGCUGAAUUUUUGGAGGCAUCUUUCAGAGCAAAAGAAGCUUUUCUUCGACAGGGAAAUGAAUUGAUUGAGCAGAAUGCUUCAAAGGCCAAUAAUUCCGAUUCAGAACCAAAUGAAAUCCACCGGUUUGAACAAUUAAGGAAUGAACUAAUUGAGCUUGAGAAGCGUGUUAAAAGAAGUGCUGAUAAGUCAGCAUAUGAGGAGGAUGUUAAGGUUACAGUUGAUCGUCCUAGCUCUAUUGAUGACAUUGGACGUGCUCCAUUGGUUGAGGUUGAGAAGAAAGAAAGUAUCAUUGAAAAAUCAUUAGAGAAGAUAAAAGAAACAAGCACGGACGUCUUGCAAGGAACUCAGCUUCUAGCCAUUGAUGUUGCUGCUGCAACGGAGUUUCUUAGAAGGUCCCUGAUAGGGGAUGAAUUAGCGGAAAAAGAAAAGAAAGCUCUUCGGAGAACUCUAACCGACUUGGCAUCAGUCAUUCCUAUUAGUGUUUUGAUGCUUCUUCCUGUUACUGCUGUUGGGCAUGCAGCCAUGUUGGCUGCCAUUCAAAGAUAUGUGCCGGCGCUGAUACCAUCCACAUAUGGAUCUGAACGUUUAGACCUCUUGAGGCAGCUUGAGAAAGUAAAGGAAAUGGAGAUGAGCGAAGUGGAUUCUGAAGAAAAUGUGGAGGAGGCAGCCUGAAUAGCUGUAUAGCCUUUAAAAGAGAAACAAUGCUUUUCGUAUAGAGUAACAGAUGGUUGGCAUAUUCUGUUUUAAAUCACCGUAUUCCUUGUUUUGCAUUUUCUUCAUUAAUUGCACAAAAUAGAUAAAAACACAAAUGUAAACCAACAGAGCCCGAGAAAUGCCUUAGGUAGGCUUGCACCCCCUGAAAAAAAAAGUGUAUUUUACUAUUCUUGGGUUUUUUUUAUUUUUU